AUGGAACUAAAAGGAGAAUCAUCUGUAGAUUUCUAUCGUAAAUUAUUAACUAGUGCAAAAAUAUUUUUAACAGAAGUUGAUGGAAGAAGUUCAACUAGUAUAAGUGAAUCGACUUCACGUUGUCAAAGUGCAACUGCAUCUGUUUGUCAAUCAUCAAUUUCAAUCGAUUCAAAAGAUAUUGAUCAACAAUUAAUAUCAACUCGUCAACGAUGUCAUCAACGUCUCUUAACUUGUUCAAGAAAAAAACUUCGCCUUUUAUCACUACAAGAACAAAAUGAUAAAAGACAUCUGGGAUUUAAAAAAUUUGUUGAUAAUCUUGAUGAAAAACGUUCUGCAAAUAUUCGUCGAUAUCAACUUGAAUUACGAGAUUAUCUUUUAAAAAGACUUGAAGCCGAUAGAUUGAGACAAGAAGUUGAUUUACUUAAUAUGAAAAUCGAUCAGUUAAAAGAAGAAAAAAAAUGCUAUUCAAAUUUAAUUGAUAUUGUUCAAAAAGCAAUUCCAUUAUUUCCACCGGGUUUAUUACAAGGAGGUUCAGAUGGUGUUAAAAGCCUUAUAUUAAGAUAUCAAACAUUAGUUGAAACAAAAUCAGGUUUUGAACAACGAGAUUUAUCAAAAGAGAAACAAGAACGACGACAUCAAUUACAAAGAUUAAUCCUUGAACAUAAUACUCGAAUAGCUAAAUUAAGUACACGUCUUGCUCAAUUGCAUGAUAAAUUAAAUGAUUUACAAAAAACUGAAUCAAUCAACGAAGAAAAAUUUAUCAAUAAAACAGAUACGAAGAGAUCAACGACAACAGUGAUAAGUCAACUGGAAUUAAGUAUUAAUUAUUUAUUUGAUCGUUAUCGUCUUGUUCAUCAAAUAAAAACAACAACAACGGAUCAAACAAUAAGUGAAAAAUUACGAACAAUUCAAGAUUUUAUCUUAUACAGAAUUGAUCUUGUACAAAAAGCUAAAUCUUAA